AUGUUCCAUCGAUGGAGAUCAGCUUACCUUUACGUGGACGAGCGAUGGUCGAUGCUACACUAUGUCUAGAGAAACGGAUCGCUUGAGUCAAAGUGAGGCGAAGCAACACUGCAAGAAUGCUUACAAUGGAACCUUGGCAAUCCUUUCAAAUUCACAACGCUUCGCUGACAUGCGCAAUUGCGUUAUGAAACGCAAUAAAGUUAAGAUGACCUUCUGGAUUGGACUCUCUAAAAGGAACACCGGCUUUGUGUGGGAUGACGGGACGCUGUUUGCCGAGGAGACUGCAGGACUGCAAUGGAAUAAGAAACAAGGAGAGAGCAUGUGUGUCACCGUGAACAAAUUCUUGAAGAAGUGGACGUUCAGAAGACAGGAAGCCUGCAGUGAUCACUAUCGGCCAAUUUGUGAAUAUGCCAACUGUUAGGACAGGAAAGGAAUAGUUUUUGUUCAACAACACACGUUUGCCGUGUGUUCGAAACUCUGUCCUGGUGCAGUGAACUUGUUUCUAAACUGUUUCACUACUCGUCGGGCAUUGAAAUAGCAGUUAUUUACUAGCCCAAUAUUGAAUAUCACUAGCCAAAGGAGUGGGGUUACCAUAAUUUAGAAGCCCUGUGAGAACCGGCUCAGAGCCGUUCACCAAAACUGUUUGAAAUAUACAGCUGAAGUUACGACUGUUUCCGUGUCUAACACAUAAUACACUGCGAGGACACACGAUUCGAGUUACUCAUACGAUAAUUGCCGAUUAUGUCACGGUAACAUAAAGAUUCCAUAGUUUGCUAUGCAAUCAGUUAUUCUCGUGGCUCUUCUUGUAUGAGGUUUCGUGUGGCAUCGCCUUUAAGGUGUAUUCUACCAAAUGAAAUCCCAUAGACGACAAUAGUAACACAUGUGGCUGAAACUCCUACCUGCAGCGUAUCAAUCGACAUAAACAUCACGGAUACUACCACCCCUCGCCCUUACAAUGGAUCAGAACAAAAUGAGGGUCAAUCCCUCAUUUGAUUGAUAACGGGUAGCGGCUAUGACUACCCUAGUUCCGCACAAAAUUUGAGUACUUUUGUUUUUACAGGUACCCCAUACAUAUUUCAAACACAAGGCUAUUUGACACAGUGGUACUAGAUGAAAUAAAAUUGUUUACAUUUUUUUGCCCAGAUGGAACUAAUAUUUUUCACGACCAACACACUGACAAAUAUCACCAAUCACAGGAUUUGUGGUGUUAACUUCUCUAUCAAAAGUUGGUUGUACCUCGAAUUUUGAUCAAGCCGGAAAUUAUUUGGUUUAGUACUACCUUUAGGAUCAAAAGGGCGACUCUGGGUCCUAGUCUGGGUCUGGCGAGUGCAGACAAGACAAGGUCUCCCAGGUCCUUGUUUUACGAAGCGAUCUUAGUGUUAAGAUCACCUUAAGUGCAUGACUACCUAAUGCGUUAAAAAUUGUGAUCUGAUCGCUUCGUAAAAUGUUAUUUUGUUGUCUGUAACUGUCAAGUUUUAUCAGCAUAUAUUAACUGCGUUUAUAUCUUUAAUUUGAUUUUUUUUAC